GACUUGGAUCGUACAGGGAAAACUCCGCUCCACUACUGCUGCACUAGCGACAACAUUUGCGCCGCCCACGCCGCGGAUCUUUUAGUCAUGGCUGCCCCCGACUUGCUAGAUGGAAAAGAUGAAGACGGAUUCACUCCUCUUCAUCUUGCUGUCAUCGCUGGAAAUAUACAGCUUGUGACUUUUCUACUGGCGAAUAGCGCAGAUGUGAACGCAGUUGAUAACGAGAAACAUACCGUGGUUCAUUGGGCCACUGUGUGCGGAGAGACAGCUGCUCUACGAGCUGUUUUAGCAGCCGGAGCACCGGUUUCCACACCAGAUGUUCAUGGGGGUUAUCCACUCCAUUAUGCGGCUCAAAUGUGUGGUGGGGAUCGCGAUUCCAGUUUGGGCCUCCAAGUUCUCCAGACUCUUCUUUCCCACGGCGACAUCGUAGUAUCUGUUGCUGACGGUGACAAGAGGCAACCGCUACUCUGGGCCGCCAGUGCCGGUUCCGCUAGAGCUGUACUUGCUCUUGUUAGGGCUGGGGCGAAUGUAGAAGCCGCUGAUAAAGAUGGACUCACCGCCUUGCACUGCGCUGCUUCCAGAGGACAUACUGACUGCAUGGACACGCUGUUGACUUUGUGUGGUGCCUCUAUUGAUGUCAUUGAUAGCAACGGAUGCACUGCCCUUCAUUACGCGGUAACAUUAGGUCAUGCCGAUGCAACUGCCUUACUUCUAGCGCAUGGAGCUGACCCCAACAGACAAGAUCGCAAAGGAAGAAGUCCUGCCCAUUGUGGAUGUGCCAAAGGUCAAUUCGAAACCGUUAAACUGAUAGGAUCUCAUGGAGCUAAUUUGUGGCUAAGAAAUGCUAGGGGCGAUCUUCCUCUACACGACGCUGCUGCUUCUGGAAGAAGAGAAUUGGUGAAGUGGCUUCUGGAGAUGAGACCCAGUCACGUCAAUGCUAGAAAUAACGAUGGUAGAUGUCCUUUGCAUAUGGCUGCUCUGAACGACAAUUCCGAUAUGUGCAAGAUUCUUCUUGAUGCUGGUGCCCAAAUCAACCCAGUCCUUCGAACCUCCAAAAAUAUCUUCAUGACUCCGUUGGACUGUGCACUUCAAAGAGGAUUCAGAUCCACCGCCAAGUAUUUGCAGCUACAGGGGGGAGUCCCAGCAACACGCCUGCGGGACCCAAGAAUUCAGCCUGUCAACCCUGCCUUGAAUUUGCAGAUUCGAGAUGACAUUAAUCUCUGGGGAGGUACUAGUUCGGACAGCGAAAGGGAAAACGGUGAAGUCAGCCAAAGUAGCAAGAAAGUACUGAGGAAAAAACUGUCUUAUAAGCAUGGGAGGCGAAAGCUGUCUUUAUCAGGGAGCGAGGUGGAAUCUGUAAAGGAAAAACACAGCAAUAAUGAAAAAUCAAAAGAAAAAUCCAGUAGCAGAGGUAGCUAUAAAAAAUCCUCUUCGAGAGAAGAAAGUGCACCAUCCCACAGGAGUGACUCAAAAAAAUUAUCAUCAAGUAGAUUGGAUUACACAAACGAAAUAAUAAUCAACGGUAAAACAGAAAUAAAUAUACGACAGACCGAAGAAAUUGUGAUUGACAAAAAUAACGAAACCGCAGAUGUGACCAACCAAAGAACAGUUUCCACAAAGGUAACAGAAAGAGACCGAAGACCAAAGAGUGCAAAAUACAGUAGAGUCAGAGAUAAGUCAGCUAGAAAAGCUAUAGACAAGGAAACGCUCAUUGAUGAAGCAACCAGUCCUGAAACAGUUAUCCAGCAAGAUGAAGCUAGGAGACUGUCUCUCAAAGAUCAGAGCACAAAUACUUCAGAGGAGAAGAUCGUAGAAAAUAAAAAGUUUGCUGCAGUUCAAACAACGAUAUCUGAAGAGGAAGCUACUCCAGUAGUGAAAAAGAGUCAUCAGCCGACUAUGGUUGACCAACAUUCCGUGAGGUCUUAUACCAGCGAAGAAACAGAAGAACAGAAAAAAGAGUUAAUUGUGGAAGCUUCUGUACAUGCCCCUCCCAAAUCGCUAGAAACAAUACCGGUCCAGGAACAACUCAUUCAGGAAGUAAAAAGCGACCCCGAAGCUAUUUCUAAUUCAAAUUUUGUUGUAGUUAUUGAAGAACCCACUCAAAAUUCAGUGAAUAACGAAGUUGAAACUGUCGAGAUCCGGAAUAUUGCUGAAAGAGCUGACGAUGCUGAUAAAAAAGAACAUUCCGAACAAGAAAAUGUUGAGGAUGGCUCAAUUCUCAUCGAAGAACAGAAAGAGACUGAAGAACAAGCAGUAAGUGGUUCGAAACUAGAUAUACCUUCUGAUGACGGUGAACUGAGAGAAAGCAAUAGCGCUGUGGUGGAGAAGGAAGACAUUUCCCAAGAAAUUGGAAAAAUAGGUAAUUAUAUUACUGAACCAGAUGUUACUGAGUCGGUUCAAGUUGAACAAGUUGAUAAUGCAGCUGAACUGGAACAAAAUGAAGUUAUUCCCGAAGAAAAGAAAGUUGAAUCUGGAAAUGCACCUCCGGAUUUCACAGAAGACCGCGGAGAUGCAGUUGAAGGAAAUGAGCAGAAUCCAGAAGUUCAUUUUGGAGAACAGAUAAAUAGUAUUGAGCAAGAGGAUGGUCCCAAAGAAACUCAAGCAGUAACUGAUGAUAAGCACUUAGAAAACGAUACGGAUCAAGCAGCAAGUGGAAACGGAGAAACUAUUUUGGUCAAUGACAAAUUGGAUACUGAAGAAGAUGCUGCUUCACUUGAUGACAAAGAAAACGAUGUACUGAAGAAAACCCAAAGAGGGGAAGGAGAAAUGAAAAGAGCCAUUGAACGGAAUGGGGUAACGAUAGAGUCAAAAAAAAGUUCGAUAAGAGUUAAAAUGAAAGACAAAAAUCUUGAAGGAGAUGAGGCGGAAGAAGAACAACCUAAGACUGAAAAAAGUGAUUUGAAGAGGCGCAAGGUUCUGAAAAAUGACGAGCAGCGUAUGAUUGAUAGGCAGCAACUUUCUAGUAGUCUAUCAGAUGAUGAUGCAGUAAGUGCUAAUGAUAGGAAUCAUAAGAGUUUUCGAAUACUGGACGACAAAGAGGCUGCUCAACUCGAAAAAUGCAAAGAGAAAAGCUUUAGAGCUAGAAAAAGUCCAACGGCUGAAGUGAAAUUGCGUCCUCAAAAGCCGAAAGCUGUUGGUAAAGGAAGAGAAAAAGUUAAAAAGAGUAAAAUACCCACACCUCUAUCCAAAAGUACCUUAUCAAAAAGCGACAGACACUUGAACGAAAUAAGAAGGGAUCCAGAAAUAGAUCAUCGUGUCCCGUCAUUGCCAAAUAUUACCGACGUUAAACACCGUCUAGAUGAGCCUCCUAGAUGUGAUUCGAAUAUGUCAGCUCCUCUUCUCAAAUCUGUUUAUAGCGAUAAUGAGAGAGACAGUUUUUCGGAGGGAGACGAGCCUAGGAUCGUGACGAAAAACAAAAGGAGAGUGAAAAAAAGGACCAAAACCAGAGAGUCUAGAAGUGCUGGCAGUGACUACGAAAGUAGUAACUUGAUUGAUUCCGGGUUUGAGCCGAGUCCGAGAAGUACCAGAAUACCUAAGUGGAAGAAUAUGUCGGAGAGAGGGGUGAACAUGACCUCUGUGACUCAAAAUAUUCAGAAUAAUAUCAGGAGAUAUCACCUUGAGCGGAAGAUAUUUCAACAACUCCUGGAACUGAAGCGCCACCAGAUUCGAGCCGGUCAACACAACGAGGCUGUUCUAGUGAAAAGAGCAGUAGACACAUACCAUCAAUCCUGCGCUUCAACUGUCGGGGCAGGACGAUACAUUGCAGAAGAUUACACCUUUAAGAGCUUCGAGAAGUUUCUUUACGAAGCUCUCCGGAAGCUUCAGAGAAAUGGCGCUGAUCAUUUGCGCGGGCUACCAGAGACUCAAUCGAAUCCCUUGCUAUGUACGAGGAGUACUAAUAAGUGUAUGCAUGCGGUGCAUGCAUAUACAGGGGUUCCUUGUGCAGCGUACUUGCCCAAGAUGGACCACCAUUCCAUUCCCAAAAUAGGCUUCAACUCGGUGAAUUGCAAACCUGGAACGGGAUUUCUACCGACGAUAAACCCGAAGAAAGCUGUCACUUUGGAACUUAGCCAUGGAACCGACAAACAAGUAAUUUCACUGCCCACGGAUCGUCUGGAACAAAACAAACGCUAUUACGUUACGUUUACGGUGAAGGGACAUGAUGCGUCUCCUCCUGAACUAGAAAAUAGUGGUAAUGGUGCAGCACAUAGACAUUCCAAGAGUGACUGAAGUUCAAUGUGUUUCAACUUGUGCAAAAACCGAAGUAGAAGAAGAUUUGUAAAAAAAUGUGAUUCUGUGUUCAUAACAACCGACGUUAAUAAAAUCAAUUCUGAAGCAUUUGUGGACACAGUAUUUAUCGCACAUUAUCAAACCGGUUUAAUGAAGCUAAAUUUAUUUUCUGGAAACCAGAUCAUCAUUACGGAACCAGAAUUUCCUGAUGUGUCAGAAAGUGAAUUUUAUUUUGGAAUGAUGCCUAGUUAUAUGAGAUGAGACCUUGCAGUCUGCCAUACUUUAUAAGAAAUAGGCAAAACGUGGAUGAAAUUACUUAGGAUAAUUAAAUAUUCUGCCUUUCAGUAGAACCUAUGUAAGAAAUGACUCCUUGAAAACUACCAAUACAUUUAAAAAUGUUACA